AUGGAUGUUGCCAGUGGAGCAGGUUACAAAACAUCAACUGAGUUUGAGGAGGAUAAAAAAGAUCCACUCAUCGAACUCAAUUUAACCGACUCAGCGGAGCUUUGGCUCAUUCAGUGGCCCAUCAAUCAAGCUUCUGAUUUUGACGGGCAAGAAGUGUCAUUGAAGCUUCACCAUGAUGGGCAUUUGGGCAAUUUUGAAGGAUCUUCUGGAAAAUCAUAUGAAGUGGUUAGUUAUAAAUUCCAAGAUCCUGACGCAAUGGUUUUCCUAUCUUUGGCAUCAGAGUCAAAAUUUGCUGGGAAGAUCUCAAGGCGUGUAUCUCUCGUCCAUUACCCAGAACCUAGUGAACUUCAAAAGCACAAUAGCAUCAACUUGAAAGAGAUGUCUCAGAGGUCUUCCGCAGCCACCUCGACAAUGUCUGGUCGUCACUUUGUGACUCCUUCUCGAAGGUCACGGCAAAGAAACUCUCAAACAAUGAGUGGUACCUCUGCGCCAAGUAGCAAAAACAAGAGUUCUGUGUCUGGUCCUGGGGAGUCUUCGAAGCCUACAAAGAGAAGACAUGUUGAUGAGCCGAGUAAGUCCACUGGUCAGUCCGCCCAAGAUUUGGGAAGAGGAAAUAGUGCAGUUACCUCGAUAGGGUCCUUGGAGCAUUUUGACAAAAGAAAAUCGAAGAAGCAAAAGAAAAGUGAGGUUUGA